AUGGGUUCUGUCUGGAGAGAUUUAGUCAGUAAUCUUCCAGAUCCUCUCAUUUCCCACAUCUUGUCUUUCAUUCCCACAAAAGAAGCAGCUUCCACAUCGGUUCUCUCUAAAAGGUGGCGUUUUCUGUUUGCCUCUGUCACAAAUCUUGAAUUUAAAAGCAAUGGCGAUGAUGAUGAUGAUUAUGAUGAUGAUGAGGCAAGCACAAGUUUUAUGGAGUUUGUGGAGAGAGUUUUGGCCUUGCAAGGGACUGCUCCCAUUAACAGAUUCUCUCUAGAAUGCUGUGGUCAUCCUGAUCAAGCUCGUGUCACCAGUUGGAUACUCAAUGCGUUGAAGCGCGGCGUUUCCGAUCUUGAUUUAGCCCUCUCCGAGUAUCCCUUGCCUGCAGAGAUAUUUUUGAGCAAGACUCUGGUGAAGCUGAAAUUAGGACAGGCAAAUGAUCUCAGUUUCAGCAAUGCUGUGAAGAAAGUGUGUCUUCCAAAGCUCAAGACUUUGGAUAUUGAUUGUGUUGUGUUCGAAGCCGGAGGUGUUGGUUUCGCAAAGCUUCUCUCUGGAUGUCCCGUGCUUGAGGAGUUAGCGCUGAUGAAUAUCGGUUGGGAGUACUGGAAAGCUUGCUCUGUCAAUGUCAAAACGCUCAAGAGGCUGACGUUUUCCUGUGAGGACGAAAACGAUGAUGAGAAUCCCAAGAGCGUCUCAUUCAAUACGCCAAACCUUAAGUACUUGGAGUAUUCUGACACAAUUGCUAAGAAGUAUCCCAAAGUGAACUUUGGUUCGCUUGUCGAAGCUCAUAUCAGCCUUCGAAUGACAGAGGAUCAGAUUGCGGAUGCAACCAUUUCAGACGACGGUUAUUUCUCGGAAGGUGAUGAUGAUGAUAGUGAGGAGAAAGAGAUGGUCGGUGAUGCUACUGCUUUUCUUAUGGGAUUAUGCAAUGUUCGGAUCCUCUAUUUAUCUGCCACAACUCUUGAGGUACUUACUUACUGUUGUGAACCUACACCAGUUUUCAACAACUUGAAUCAGUUAACCGUUGAGAGUAACUCGGAGACUGGAUGGGAUUCAUUGCCAGCACUUCUCAUUAAUUGUCCAAAUCUAGAAACCCUUAUUUUCGAGGGUCUUGUCCACAAAGAUAACGGUGGAUGUGGGAACAUGUGCUGCUGUAAACGUCCAAAGCAAUCUUCUUGCCUUUUAUUUUCACCGGUGAAGGUGCUAAAGAUAGUAAUGGAUGUGAACUACGAUGUUGAGGAAACGAUGGAGGUAAAGCAGGUGAAGCAUUUCUUGAAGACGAUGCCGUGUCUUGAACAGUUGAUAGUAUACUACAAGACAUCAUAUGACCCUUCUGUGUUUGAGUUAUCCAAGAAGCUUCAGAAGGUUCGUGUAAUGGCAUCACCAAAGUGCAAGAUCCAGGUGAUCUCUCCGAAUCUUAGUUUGACAUCUACUUUGCCUUCUUCCUUGACAAGGAGAUGGUCUACUGCUCCUCCAGAAGAAGAAGAAUAUGCUCCUCCGGCAGCAGAAUUUGCUCCUUCAAAAGAAGAAUAUGAUCCUUAUGACGAAUGUUAUUCUUCAGAAGAUGAAAUGUCUUGGCUUUGA